AAUAGAAAGGUCGAAUGACAAUCGAUGUGCGUAAAUUUUGCAGACUUGCACAACAGCGUGGACUCGUAGGACUGACGGACAGUUUCGCUAUAGCUUCUAUCGGAGUAACACAUAUUUCGUCUUUUCUAUUUCAGAAAGCACGUUUUCUUGAAAAUAUACUUGAAAACGGUGUUGUCACCAUGGAAUGUGCUAACCGUUUUCAAGGUUUGUGUUACGAACAAGUUGUCCGUUUACAUGAAGUGAUGGAAGAAGUGGUACCCAUUCAUGGUCGAGGAAACUUUCCAACUAUGGACAUAAAACUGAAGGACUUGGUACAGGUAGUUCGAGAAAAACUGCGAACUGAUGGGGUAAGUGUCAAAGAUGUUCGUUUAAAUGGGGGAGCUGCCAGCUACAUUUUUGGCACAGACAAUGUUCGCUCAUACAACGAUUUGGACCUCAUUUUUGGGGUAGACUUGUCAAACCACAAUGAGCUACAGAAAAUCAAAAACUGUGUUUUGGGAUGUUUAUUAGACUUUCUACCAGACGGUGUCAACAAAGAAAAAAUGAGCAGUUGUAGUCUGAAGGAAGCAUAUGUCCAGAAGAUGGUUAAAGUUUGUAAUGAACACGGUGACAGAUGGAGUUUGAUAUCCCUUUCAAAUAACAAGGGGAAGAAUGUGGAACUUAAGUUUGUAGAUAAGAUGAAGAGGCAAUUUGAGUUCAGUGUGGACUCGUUCCAGAUCAUCCUGGACAGUCUAUUGACAUUCUACGAAGUCUCGGCUGCACCCAUGAGUGAAAACUUCUACCCAACAGUUGUUGCUGAGAGUGUGUAUGGGGACUUCUGUGAGGCCUGGUACCACUUGAACAAAAAACUAAUUUCUACAAGAAAUCCAGAGGAAAUCAGAGGAGGAGGACUAUUGAAAUAUUGCAACUUGCUCACCAGGACCUACACCCCUGUGGAAAAUAUUGACAUUCGCGCCAUGGAAAGGUAUAUGUGUUCUCGGUUUUUCAUUGAUUUCAGUGAUCUGAAUCAGCAAAGACAGAAGCUAGAGUCGUAUCUAAAUAACCACUUCAGUGGGGAAGAAGAACUCAAACAUGAUUACCUGAUGACACUGUAUAGAGUGGUCGAUGAGAGUACAAUUUGUCUGAUGGGACAUGAACGUCGUCAGACCUUGAACUUAAUACAUCAGCUUGCAUACCAGGUGUUGAUGGACCAGGAACGCAGGGCACAUAUCAAGUACCUGGAAAUUCAACAGUUUGAUCAGUUGAACAGCUUAACUAUUGAUCAAGUGUUCUUUCAUGGUCCCUUUUCACCAAACAAUGGGAAUCAGUAUUUCAACAUAUUACCAACAAGUAGUGUUUUCCAAAUCAAUGGAUCAUCAUCUUGCCCCUUGUGUCCAACAUAUUUGCAGUGUUCAUAGCAGCCAUCAUUGCCCCAACCCCCCUAUCCCUUGAUUGAAUGAGAAGAUUAAUUAAGAUGUUGGUGUAUGGAUAAAGGUGGAAUACCUUAACAACUGUUCUGAUAGGUGCAAGUGUUGUUGUUCUGAUGCUGUAUAUCAAUAUGUCCAAGACUUCGUUAAUUGUCAUUGAUCGUGGCGUAAUAUACAAGAAGGAAAUUAUCUAAUGUUUAAUCACAUCUGCCUCAGCUGUAAUUGAAGAUGGGAAUUAAUAGUUUUGAACAUGUUGUUGGAUGCCCGUCGAGUGUUAAGUGUAUGGGUGCGUUACCUGGAAAAUGAAGUUCUAAAUAUAAACAUGGACAAAGGUUGAAGGAAAUUACAGGAUCAAGACUCAAUCUUUUCAUUAUGGUGGAAACUUUCUUUUAUUUUUAUUUGGUGAAAAAUGAUUUUUUGAUUUUUUUUCAUGCUACAUGUUUAAUGUUCAAUUAUUAUGAAUUAAACUAAAAAAUGUACUUUGAAAUAUGUCUUGGAUAUUAUUGACAUCCUUCCAGAUUUGAAAUUUAGUUCUUGAAGAUCAGUUUAUAAUGUAGUCAUCGUUUUUAGUGUACACAUUUUUCAAGAACUGGUUAUUUUACUAUAUAAAGCUAAAUAUAUCCAUGCUCGUAAAAAUAUAUAUUUAAAAAUCCAGUCUAUAUGUAACAAAAAAAGUGCUUAACCAAAUGGAAAAUGUAUGAUUAUUAGUUUGAAUCACUGCAUCAGAAUUACUUUUGCCAUGUAUAGAAACUUUGCGGUAGCUGCUUCAGGUAGACAUGUCGUGCACAGCAUGGAUGAAUGCCUACCAAGUAGACAUGUUUUUGUGACAGUAGUAUGGAUCAUUGGCAGUUAAAGGGGCAUGUUUGUUAUUCGACAGAACUUGGUGUACUAUUUUUUUUACAGUUCAGACCAAUUUAGAAUGCUAACCCUGUCGAAUAUAUAUCCAAGGCAUAUUUUAGUUAACUUCAAGCAGGCAGCAGAUAGAAAUAUCCAGGCAUAGCAGUAUGAAGUAUUGUUAAGCCUCGGUCAACUAAGAUAUGAUUCCAUAUAUAAGAUAUUUCGAUAGUGAUUAGAAUUAAUCUGUUUAUGAGACGAUAGCUGCUGAACAUUAGUUGUCAUGUGUAUGAUGUUAAUGAGUAUAUUGCAUUAUAAUGAGAGAUUACAUGUCAAGCCAGUGGCUAUCCAAUAUAAUCAUACUGUGAUAUAUUAUUUUUGGAAGAUCAAUACGUGAGAGAAGAUAAGUGUUUUCAUUAGCUGUUGGACUAUAUGUCUAAAUAUAUCAGUUUGUAUCUUCCUGCCAUUUGCAUUCUAUUAAGGGGUGGGGCAUUGGGUCGGGAGGGAAUUACAUGAAAGUGACCAACUACGGGGAUUGUGCAAAAUUUAUUUCAUGAGGAUUUAGAUAUAAGAAGUACAUGUGUAAAUUUUAUUGUACCAUGCUGUAUGCAUCAAACCCUGAAAAAGACAAGGUUUUGGGAAUAUGUCGAAAUACAGGAUUGCUAAACAAAUAUAUAUGAGUUAGACAUGAAUUGAUCAAGUUAAUAGCAAAAAAAAAAAAAACUUUAUUCCUGCUCAUUUUCAUCAUAAUAACUUUUGAAUUAUUAAAAAAAAAAAUAUAUAAUACUUAGUACAGUGCUUAGUUUAGUAUACAUUUUUUAUGCUGAAAUUACCAUUUUGAUUGUGCUAUUUUUAUUCAAGUUGGCUUUCAAUUUGUCUCUGCAGGUAUGCUAUAUACAUUUAGAAUUAAUUUGUGCAAUUUUGUUUCCUUCAAAUUGUUGUUUCAAAUACCAUUAAAUCAAUUCAAAUUAUGAAUGUUUAUGCGACUUUCUAUACAGGUGUACUAUACAAUUUCAUGUUGAUCUGGUUCAAUUCAACUCCUGCUUGCCGGUUCUUAGUGACCGUGACAAAAAAACUGUCAUAUGCCUUAAGAGUUAUAAAUUUCAAAGAUCAGAAUCCAUGAAAAUUUAAGCAUGAAUUAUAAUUAGAAUUGUCACAGUUCAUGUCACAUGCUUUGUAAAAGUUGAUGGUGGACUAGGUACAGGUAUUUCAGAUUCAAGUGACCUGCAAUCAGAUGCUGAAGUUGGUGCAUAUAUGUAUGUAAAUGUCUUAGUGCAGCAAUGGUGCACAUGAUUGUUAACUGUUAAACACUAUCUUUCUGUAAUACAAGUGCUGACAAUUGGAUCUACAGUCUCUAUAUUAUGGGGCAUUCUGCAGUCCAUGUUUUAAAGUUUAAGGAAAGGAGGGCCCUACUAAACACUGUUGAAAAAAAAAAACCCAGAAAUUUCAGAGCAGGGCCUUCAUUCCACAUUGAUCAGUGGUUGAGAAUGAUAUCCAUGCAAUUUGAAUUUACAUUGAAAUAAGAUAAAGUAGCUAGGUGUAGGUGUUACUGUGAAGCACAUUUUAAUUUUAUAGCUCCAAUACAUAAAGUUAAAGUUCUUGCAUAAAUGUCUAAUAUGAGUAGAGAAGUUUGCUGACCCAGGCUAUUACAUAUAGGUAAUUGCCUUAUUCUAGUUUCAUGAUUUCCUUCUCGGCUUGGCUGAGUAGCUAACUAAUAGAUGAUGUAGUAUAACUGUAAAUAGCCACUGGCUAUGUUGUGACCAAUGUGACAGAAUACCAUCAUUCAGUGCAGUGUAGAUCUAGUUAUUUAUUGAAGCCAGGUGUAACAGUAACACACAGGCUGUAUAUUAUGGUGUAGAUACACAGGAACUGGUGGCUAGCUGUAUGUAGCUCUUGGUCUACACUCUAGAGUACCAUAGCAGUAACAGGCGAAUAUAUAGCUACUGUAUUGUACUGGGCAGUAACUGCAUAGUGAAGAAACCCUAGUCUUGUUAACGUUAUCGAAAAACCUAUCUCAAAGAUCAUUCUUACCUUAGAAUUUCUUAAAUAUCACAUUUUCCUAUUGGAUGUUCUCGAGUUAGAUUUUCUGCAUGCAGUUCAAUUUGUUUUAAGGCAAAAGUUGAAUUGGCAACAUAAAGUCUUUAACAUUUACUAUACGGUUCACAUUUGACAAAAAUAUAGGCUUUGACGUAGAUAAGAUUUUGAGAAUUAAGAAUGUUUUCAAGUAAGAAGUUUCAUCGUGACUAAAAGGCCUGGCAUACAAAAUAGCUAGCUGUAAUGUGGAGCAGUCAUGGUAUACAAGACUACAAGAGUUAGCUAGCUGUAUAUUAGAGCAGCCCUCGGGUACACAGGAGGUAGCUAGCUGUAUAUUGGAGCAGCCCUCGGGUACACAGGAGGUAGCUAGCUGUUUAUUGGAGCAGCCCUGGUAUACAGCAGGUAGCUAGCUGUAUAUUGGAGUAGCCCUGGUAUUCUGUAGGUAAUACCAAGUAGCUGUAUAUUGAAGCGGCCCAGAUGAAAAGGGGGAACUGGUAUUCAGGAAGUAGCGAAAUGUACAGUAUAUUGGCGAAGCACUGGUUUACAACAGGUUGCUAGCUAUAAUAGAGCAUUCGAGAAGAUCGGCUGUAUAUUGAAACAGCCCUAUUUAAUAUACAGAAGCGGCUUCAAGGAGCUGUUAAAGUAUUGGAGUAGCCCUGCUAUACUGUAAUACAGGAGGGACUGAGCUGUAUUGUAUAUGGGAGUAUACAGGAGCUCCUAGGAGUUUUACAUAGAUGUAGAUGUUUAUAUAUAUAGGAGCUUUAGGGAUCUAGCUGUAUAUGGAGGGCUGAGGGGACGAGCUGUAUGGUGGAGCAUCCUUGUUGUAUUGGAACAAGCAGCCCUGAUACAAAAUAAUAGCUGUGUAUUGCAGUCUACAUUUGGCCGCUAUAUAUCUACAGUGUAGGUUAACUACCAUUGAUUAUUGACUGAACUCAUCGGUCUGGCAUCAAACUUUGGAGAUAUACAUAUAUAUAUACUUCACUGUCUUUGAUCCGAGUACAUAUGAAAUAUUUACAUAGUCACACACAGAAAUCUUGCUUUUGUACUGAAAGAUUCAUAGACAAGGCAAUUGUGCUUUGUGUUGAGUAGUGUGUGAAUUAGAUGCACCUAAUAAGGCUGGAGUCCAUAAAGUGUGUUGAUCUAGACUAUCCUACAUUUAUCUGGUUUGAAUUAAUAGAUUUCUACUUGAUGAAGAAAACAAGCUAAGGGACCAAAAUGUUCUCAGAUAAUUAGGUCAGGCACAGAAAAUAAUCUAGGUUUGUACAAAAUUGAGUGUAUAAAUUUACAAACAUUGUUCCAUCACUUGUAGCUUUUUGAAGUUACCAUCAUUAUAUAUUUACACCUUUUCUCUUUUGAAACUAGUGAUAUUGUAUAUGAAUUUUAUGUGUUGAACUGUGAUAAUAAAAGCAAUAGUCAUUAUUGCUAAAUGUUUUAUCUGAUCUGAGUGACUAUAUAAUAUCACUGCAAUUUGAUACAUGUCAUUUUGUAAGGAUUUCCAUUAUGUAAACGUAUGGCAUACGUAUGACGUGUUUUUUCGGCUCAUUGAAAUGUCCUAUUAUAUGUGGUUUUAAAAAGCUAUAUGUAGGAGCUAGAUGUCUUCACCAUUCAUAUUUUGGUAUAAAAUGAAAUUAAGUUUUUCAUUGCAAUGACGGCAUACCAAACAUUUUUUUCCCCCUGCUGGUAAAAAUUGAAGUAUGUGAUGAAUAUUCAUCAAAAAUAGGAAUAGACACGUUUGCACUAAUUAUGCUUUGUUAUACUGUAUAUCACGUUGUAUCGGCACAUGUUUAUACAACAUGUCUGUCAAGAUGAAGGUAUUUUCAUAUAAGUUUGUAGUGUCAAGAAAUGUGUCGAGAAAACAGAUGUGCUGGUAUAUGUUAAAAAAUGCACAUAUGUGAUACUCCGACGGCUUUGACUGGCGACCAAGUUCGCUAAUGCUCAAAAUUAGAUUUCUCAUUUCAAAUUAAAAAUUGAAUAGAAAGAAAAUAAAAAUGUUCUAUAAGUUGGACUGAAUUGAUAUAAAUGCUUUGUGUAUAUCCCAAUAUUGUAUAUAUGUUCAUGUAUAUAUACUGUAUUAAAGAAAAAAAAAAUCAUUUGUAUAAAUUCAAUUGCAUUAUUAAAUUUAUUUGCUUAAUUUUGGCCAAAAGUGACUGUGACAUUUCAAAGUCCGCGUUUUUGUUAGUCUGGAGUAAGCCUCGUAAGAUAAUUUCUACCAAACUUUAGCUGGACUUGUUGUCUUCUCUUCUUGACAGCUGCCUGUAAGUCUAAUCUGUAUCUCAAGUUAGACCACUUGUUGGUUUUUCGGUCACUGAAAAGUGGAUUUGAAUGUUUGUUAUCAAUUUGUUGAGCAGGUGAUUCAGAACCACAAGAGUGGUUUUAUCUAUCUAGAACAAACACGGUUCACAAAACUUAUCAUAGUACUGAUACAUGUCUUUAUAUAGCUACAUUGAUGCAUUCAUUGGAACAUGUUCACAUCAUGUACAAUACACUGUAUAUAGGAUGUGGCUGAUUACAGUGACUAAUUAACUGACAUUGUACCAUCACCUAUAUAUACUAUAGCACAUUACAACAAGAGGACUGAAUAUUUUAAGUUAUUCUUUUUAGACAGUUCAUAAUUUUACAGAAAUGAAAUACUUUUAGAUUAGAAACUCUUUAUAAAUAUUUUUUUUUUGAAAUUUUCAGAAUUUUCUGUUUGACAUGGAUAAUGAGAAAUGUGUUUUAUUUUCAGCUAUGUCAGUUCAUACUAGCAUGGCAAUUAAAAAAUACGAGAUUUUAUUUGUAUUAACAAAUAGUAGAUUUUAUUUUGUUAUGAUACAAUAUAUAAAGGCAAGUGCUGAACUACAUGGCUAUAAAACUAGGGUAUGGAUUUCAAAUCACUAGAAUGUUCAUGAACUUUCUUAGGUCCUAAAAAUUAUACACAGUUAGUUUAGUAUCAGAUCAGUUUCAGAGAAAAAGCAACACAAAAUGGUAAUAACAUUCAAAGUACAGUUAUAGAGUUAGUAUCUCCAGACCGCAAUGUAUACAGGUAGGUAUUUAAAAGGAUGAAACUGCAAAGCCCAUUGAAGAGAAGACACAAGUUUAAUCUACAAAUAUGUAAUUCAUUGUGUAUUGAUACAAUAUAUUGAUCAAUCUUUUUCUGAUAAUUGAUGUAUUAAAACUGACCAAUUUUAUUUACACCUUAAAAUAAAUUUGUCUAGUCAUGAUGAAAUGGGUAACUUAAGACUGUGCUGUAAUUCAGUCAAUGAGACUUGUAACACUUAUAAUUAUGUGUCCACUUUUUUUCCAAAUAUUUCCACUGCAAAUUUCUACCAUUUGUUGUGUAAUUUAAAAUUCAUUAUGAGAGUACCAAUUUGCAUACUGUAGUUAAGCAUAUUUUGAUUGUAAAUUUUCUUUUUUUUUGAUUUUUAACAACUGGUGUACAAGUACUGUAUAGAUUUUGUUGAUUAAUUGUUUAUGCCUUACUAUUUGUACAGAUUUAUUAAAAAUCAUUUGUUCUAAAAAAGAAAUGCUAUUUAUUGGUAAAUUCUGCGUAAGUUUGUACCAAUCCAGUUUAGCUGUUUGAAGCUUCAAUAUUUCACUUGAUUUUGUUUGACAAUACAGUUAUUGUUUCUGUACAAAAAGUAAUUUUAAUCAUUACCAUGAUGCAGGCUUUUUUUGAACAAGUAGCUAGUAGAACUACAUACACAUACACUGGUCCCUUAUGUCAUAAAGAAAUCAACAAAGAAAAUGUCUGUUGCAGUAAAAUUAAAUGCAAUAUAGAUAAGGAAGUUCUUGUUAUCACCCCCUCAGUACCUAUACAUGUACACAAUUGCUGCAGUACUCGGUGCAUCAUCUAAGGCAGUAUAAUUAACCGUAACGGCUGGUUGUAGAUGUACUCAUGAGUCUGAAGUCCUAAGAACAUGUUUGUGGUCACAGGAAAUGCAUCAAAGCAAAUGAUGACAUUCAGAGGCACUUACUGUUCUGACACUUUAGUAAUUGAAUUAGUCUGGUGGUUUUUGAUUUUGGCACCUUUUAUCAAGUACUUAGAUUUCCAAAGUCAGUGUAUGGCAAAGUGCAUUUCUCUGAUAUCAACACAUAUAAUAACACUUUAUGAUAUACAUACCCAUAUUAUCCUUUGGCUGAAAAGGCAUCUGUCCACAAUGCUUUUGUGAAAUAUGGUUAUGUAAUUUUCUUGUUGUAGCAAAUAUCAAAAACAAUUGAACAGGUCAAAACAAGCUCUUUCCAUUGGCACCAUAAGCUGUGUGGUUGUGGUGACGGUUGCCACAACCGUAAAUGAAUACCCACACCUAUGUGUGAACAAUAUUACAGUUGGAGUGAAACACAAAGCUAACAUUGCUGUUUAUCAGGAGGAGAAAUUAAAGUGCCAAUUUUGUUAAGGUUCUUUUAAAGUUUUUGCUUAAAUGUCUUUCAUUAAAAUGUUGGAUGUGAUUUAAAGCAUCAUUUCAUUGUUAUUUUCUCAAAGCUAUAUUUAUACACCAUAUAUUUCUGUAAACUUUAAAUAAAUGAAAUAUCUUUAAAAUUUACUGUGCUAAAGAAUAAAUAUCAGGGUUUACACAAUAUAUAAAUGAUUGAAGUAUGUUAAUCUUGAGAUUGCAGCAGAAAAUCUGUUUCAUUGUCACUACAAACACCAAACCAAAGUGUUGCACGAUGUUAGAGAGUGGCAGAUAUAGUGAACCUAGAGAUGUUGGCGUCUCUCUGUGUCACAAUGUUAGAGAGUGGCAGAUAUAGUGAACCUAGAGAUGUUGGCGUCUCUGUGUCACGAUGUUAGAGAGUGGCAGAUCGAGUGAACCUAGAGAUGUUGGCGUCUCUGUGUCACGAUGUUAGAGAGUGGCAGAUCGAGUGAACCUAGAGAUGUUGGCGUCUCUGUGUCACGAUGUUAGAGAGUGGCAGAUCGAGUGAACCUAGAGAUGUUGGCGUCUCUGUGUCACGAUGUUAGAGAGUGGCAGAUCGAGUGAACCUAGAGAUGUUGGCGUCUCUGUGUGUGAACAAUGUUUGGAGUCUGCCAGCAAUAUGAUUGUAUGUUCAGCAGCAUAUACUGUUGUAAACUAUUGUCUUGUACCUGUAUAUAUAUAUAUGUAUGAGCUGUGGAGUCUUAUCCAGCACAGAUUAUUACAUUGCAGACACCGAGUGUCCAUAUAUAGAAAUUUUACUUUGACUUUUUGUUGUUGUCAUUACUAUAUUCUGAUGUAUAAUGUCCAUUGUACAACAUACAUGUAACAUAAUGCCAUCUGAUGAUUAAUAAUGGUUAUAGAUCCACUGGACUUUGUUCAGUGUUGGUAUUUUGGAAGAAUUCCAGAAAUAAAAUAUUUUUGAAUUAUAGUCGAAA